AUGGAUAUGGCCAUCAAGACACCCCCAGUGAUCCCCGGAAUGGACUUUUCAAGUUAUAACCCAGGAGCCUUAUCUUUCACCCAAAGGACUCCUGACCUAAGAUUUCCAGACCAAAGGAUACCCAUGGACAUCGGACCACAGCCCAGGAUCAUGCCCAGUUCACAUCCUGGAGCUUCUGCCUCAAUACCGGAUACCCUCAGUUGGGGCGGGUUAAUACAGUCACAGCCAUGCCCUUCUACUAUACCACCAAUCCCAUCUCAAUGCCUGAUGGCCUCUCAAACAGCGUCUACAACUUCAUCCGUCCAGGCCAAGUACAUUCGGCCCUUUGCUGGAAAGGGUCUAAACACUCUUAACAGUGUCCCAGAAAACAAGCCAUCAUCUCCAACACAGCCCAGGACCCAGGACUCCCAGCCAACCGCUGUACCCCAAGAUCAAGCACAAGGUGGAUCUUUUACAUGGACAUCCCAAGACCAUAAACCAGCUGAUACCCCUCGGGCUGGUACACCAACUCAAUCUGGAUCUCGAGCUUCAGCUUUCAGCGCCGCCGUUUCGCGCCGCGCUUUCAAGAACCUUUCUGAUACCGUUAGCGGCCACGACCAACGGUUAGACCGGCUAGAGACAGUCUCCUUUACUGUCAAUGGACAUGAAGAUUGUCAGGAAAAACAUGACCAUGUUGAUAUCCGGAUGACCGAUCUGGAGAGUCGAGUUGAGGAGGUUGAGAAAAUCGUCAAUGAUAAUAAGAGCGUGCUUAACGAUAACAACAGCAAUGCGUCUCGCCGCGACGAUGCCAGCAUGUUGUCGGUCUCAACCAGUGUUACAAGUCGUCCGACACACUCCCAAGAGCUUUGGAGCCAGGUCCAAUCGCUUCAAGAACAAGUGGUUCAGCUACAGUCACUAAUGCCCUCUCCCAACCACCCGUUUGAGAUUGAAGUAGUCUUCCUGCCCUUUCCCCUUAAGAAAAUUUGGCAGGAGGCUCAGCAGUUCAAGAACGAGCCACAAAUAUCCAACGACGACUGGACGCAAUUGCCCAUGACACACAGCACAUCAACUAUGCGAUCUGAAAUGUCUCUCUACCCUGACUGGAUAACUUCUGAUCAAGAGACCAAAUGGUUGCUGCCUAAAGCCUGUCCCGAUAAGGGCAUGAUUGACCGACGGCUGCGCAGCCGUGGCUUGAUCAAGACGAUAUCAGUCAAGGGCUCAGAUGCUCGUAGUGUCACCAUGGCCAUGAAUGGGGCUUUUGGUCACCUCUUUCGCGAGAUGAACAUCUUCUCCCGUGCCCAGACCACAGAUCCGCGCUCGUCCACAUUCCUCGGGCUUCAAUCCACCUGGGUCCCUCUGCGUAAGAUCCAUAAGGAUUCGCGAUUACGUUUCCUCAGUCCUGCUGAGAUGAUGACACCUGCAGUAUGGGAUGUCCAGUUCCUUAGCCAGGUCAUGAUGAGAGCUUCUGAGCCUAGAUUGUUCAUAACUCAUCCUGACGCAUAUCUCCAAGAUUUUCAAGCAUACGAGAUGGGCUGGACUUGGCAGAUGCUGAGGGAGAUGAGCCCAAUCAUUCCCGAUCCCUCGGACUCAUUGGACGAUGCCAAGGCUUUUGAAGAGUGUUGGUCAUGGGUCGAACAACUCGAUGAGCCACAUAGAGCUGAUACCUCCAUGAGCAUGCGCAAUGAGAAGGCCCCAGCUUCAGUCUCGCCAUCGCAGACCUUCUACCCGGCUUUACAAAAGCUUAAAUCUUCUAGCCCGUCUCUGGUGCGCGGUCAGUCGCCCCGGCUUGGCAGUCGACGAGGUUCUCACCCACCUCACAUCAGAACUUCCUCAAUGCCCAUGGCUGCUCCCCCAAUUCAAGCUUCGCCUGCACUAAGCCGACGCCGAGUUUCGUCUUAUGGACAAAGCCGCCACCAAUCUCCUGCCUUGCAAAUCAACUCUCAGGCAGCAAUUAUGAAGCGUCGUCGUACGAGAUCCCCUAGCCAUCGAUUCACACCGAGAUGGACUGCAUCGCCGAGUCCUAUGCCCUUCGGUCUUAGCGAACGUCAACAAGCGCGCGGUACCACACCUUUUGCAUAUGCCACGCCGUUCAGCAACGCACCUCUUCAAGAACGGCCUCUGCGAUCAGGAAGUGCGGCGCCUGCCGCCGCUCAAGAUGAUUUUGCAGAUGAUUCAGACUUCAACAUUGAUAUCUAUGAGAGUGGCUCUGAAGAUUUUGAAGACAAUGAGAGCGAAAAUGAGAUGGAGAUUAUUACACAUAACCAGGCCCCUGCUGGCCGAAGAUCGCAGGGCUGGCAACUCCCUGAAGAUGAGCCAUGGCCUGGGAUCGAGGACCAACGCGGUGCUUCAGAUGAUGAAAACGUCGACCCUGACAGCAACGUCAGUAGUCAGCCUUCGGAAUACCCUAGCACACAAAAUGUUUGGCCCAACAACAACAACACGGGCGAGUUCCAUAUUCACGAAGAUGAUGACAACACCAACAACAAUAACAGGUCAUGA